ACAACAUGAGGAACUGUAUUAAAGGGUUGCGGCAUUAGGAAGGUUGAGAACCACUGCUCUAAGAUCUGGGUGUUUGGUGAAGUGGCUAAUGGCCCUUUAAGAGGCAGUAGCUAGCUCCCAGUUGCCAUGGAGACAGCUGGAAACAGACUGGGUGGCAGGCAGCAGGCAGCAGGCAGCAUGUCCUCUAAAGUUCAUUCCAAAGGCCUCAAGGCCAAGGACCAGCCGGCCCCAGCCCCAGAGAGUCCGCCGCCCCCAGAGGCCAAUGCUGAAGCCAUUCACUUCCUCAACUCCCUCAGGCAGGAGGAGCUGCAGAUGCUGUUCUUCUCCGAGACUCUGGCCAUGGUCUCGCAAACAGGGGAGCCUCAGGGAGAGCUGACCAUUGAGGUGCAGAGUGGGAAGCACGAAGACAACAUGGGCACCAUGUCGCCAUGCGCCCUCGUGCACGCCUUUAGCCGUGGCUUCGUGGACAAGAUGCUCUGCGGAAACUCUCUCCUGGGCUAUCUCACGUGGAACCUGGAGAUCAUGGAACAACAUAGUCAGGAGUUCGUCAAGUUCCACAUCCUCCCCAUGGAGCAGAAGACGAGUUUGCUGAAGCAGGGGGACCAGCUGGCCAUGACCAGAAGUAUCAAGGAGGGUGAGGAAGUGAGGAACGAAGUGACAUUCUUCCCCUGGCACUCAACUGCGGGCUUCAUCUCCCAGGCUGCCAACCUGCUGCUGCUGAGGGUGAUGGCCUGGAGGCAGAUGGUGCCCAGUAAUGCCCGCUUCCUGGCCUUGGACAUGGAGGGCAAAUUCUGCUAUUCCACCUACAAAGCCCUGGGCUCCCAGACCAUCCAGGUGGACCGUCAGCAGGCGGACACAUUCAUCGUGGAGCAGACCGUGCACUCGGUGGAGGGCAUCCCCUUCUCCUGCCAGUUCUACCUGCUGUCUGACGGGCACCUGGCCAAGCGAGUCCAGGUGGGCUCCCCCGGCUGCUGCAUCAUCACCAAGAUGCCCGUCUUGAGGGAGGAGGAUGAGAUUGAGCCUCGCCCAGUGUUUGAGAAGAAGCCCCUGGCGUGGGAGGAGGACAUAGAGCUGUACUCGAGGUUCCUGGAACGGAAGGUCUUCAUUUGUCCGGAUGAGGCCCAUCCACAACAGCAAUGGGAAUCUACUUCACUCAAUCUACCAGUUCAAAGUUGAUCUCCUCCAAAAACACCCUCACCAGCACACCCACAUAUCAGUCACAUCCUGGUCCAAUCAAGUUGGCACAUAAAAUUAACCCUCACAACAUACUACACCAGCCAUGCCCGCAUGAGCCCAAGGCAGUGAUUGGGAAAUGUGCACAAACCUAGUGGUCAGGGACGGUGAUGGGAGCUUGAGCAAUAGGGUUGCACAAACCAUGAUGCUGCUCUCUCCUGUCUGACUCAUCAUUCACCCACUCCCCCACUUUCCAGUCCCUCCAGCCUCCUCCAUCAACUAGGAGUCAGGGUAUUGACUGCCUCCCCUGACCCUGGGUUUCCGAGCUUUGGUAAAGUUUUUGAUUCAACAUCGGCAUACAUCACGUCCCAGAUCAAGUCUGGCCCUGAGAACCUGACUGGGCUCUCUCUAGGUCUUGAGAUCUCAGACUUUGGAGUUGGAUACUCCAUAACAAUUCCAGUUUUGAAUCUUCUUGACAGAAAAAGAAGGCCACAAGAUAGAAGGCAUGAGGGGUAUGGGAGGGAGAAGAACUUGAGGGAGGGAAGUGGGGAGCACAGAAGCUGCCAAAGGGAAGAGACUGGGAGCUGGAGGAGUCUUGCCCACCGUUUAUCCAGAGGUUACAGGAUAAUACUUCUCAAGUAGACCCAGCCCGUAGGAAUGUUUUGUUUAGAUUAUACAAUAUUUUCAAUGUUUUGGGGUCUAGUAUUCAAAAAGCCUAUUUUGCAUAAAAUUCCUAGCAUCCUUGACAAAUCAGAAGGCACUGUGACAAUCUGCCCACAUGGCAAUUGGCUGGAACUCCAAAGGCACUGCCCUCCUCAGACAGAGUAUCUGACCUCUGUUUUGCUACAGUCACCACUGUUCCCUACUGUCUCCUCACACAGAGGCGCAGCAUCAUUUGUCAUUUAACACUGAGCUGGUGC